AGGUGGGCGCUGGGAGCGGGGCCGUGGGCGGCGGGCGGGCGGGCGGGCGCUUGGGCCCCGAGCGGUGCCACGUGGGUGAGUGCCGGGUGAGUGCCGGGCCGCUGCCCGUCCGACCGCCUUCUCCUCGCUCGGCGUCUCUUCCAGACGCGUGUCUGCCUCUUCGCUGUUCCCACGUGCCGCCCCCAUGGCAGCGAUCUACUCCGGGAUUUACCUGAAGCUGAAAAGCGCCAAGACUUCUUGGGAGGACAAACUCAAAAUAGCCCGGUUCGCGUGGAUUUCUCACCAGUGCGUCCUGCCUAAUAAGGAGCAAGUUUUACUCGAUUGGGUAAGCCAGGCAUUGGUUUCCAACUACAACAAGAAACAUGAACUAGAGGAUGAAGUUGUUGAAAAACUCUGGGCAUAUCUUGACAAUGUUAUCCAUAGUAAAAGACUACAGGAUCUCUUAAAGAGUGGGAAGACAGUUGGUCUCAGUUUUUCAAUUGCAGAGAUCAUAAACAAAAGGUUAUCAGAGGCCUAUUCUGAAAAAACACAGCAGAACAUUGGCACUGUGCUGAGCUGCUCCAAUGGCAUCCUUUCUACUCCUUCACUGUCCAUCAUUUACACAGCAAAGUGUGAGCUUUUGGUUGACCUCCUCAGCAAGCUGUCCAAGCUGGCAUGCCAGCAGCUGGCUUCUGACGAUGCUGUGGGCUCCCAGUUGUUCAGCGUCCUCCAUCUUACCUUUGCUCAGUACCUCCUGAUCCAGAGGCAGCAAACCAACCCAAACCGUGUGUUUGGGCGUGUGACAAGUCACUUGCUCCAGCCAUGUUUGCUCCUGAGGCACUUACUGACUGUGAGAAGCUGGACACAAGCAGAUGAUAACCAUGUGUGUCAGCACCUGAGCAGAGAAAUACGAAGCCAAAUAGAGACUUUGCUGCAUGCUGGGUUAUUUCAGCCUGAGCUUUUCUCAUCCUACAAAGAAGAGCUGCUGUCAGAGCAGGAAUCCCAGAAGAAGAAAGGAGCUUUGAAAACUCUUUUGCUACCAGUCAACACAGUGCAGACCAAGCUGGGCAGUGACUUGUGUGAGCCUGCCCUCCACGGAGCGGUUGUGGCUGGUUCGGUGUCUCUGCUAUAUAAGCUCUUUCUGGACUCGUACUGUAAGGCAGAAAACCACCUUAUGUGCUUCCACAUGCUCAGCAGGCUUUUUGGCUGUCUCAGGCUCUCUGACCUGCAGGAGGCAGGGAGGAGUGAUACGCUUUUCCCUGUGGACUGGAGCAUGGAGCUGCUUGCUUUGGAGCAGCUUCUGAACUUGGUGCUCAGCAAUGAUAUCUAUAAUGUCGCCAGUGACCGUAUCCGGCACAAGGAAGUGCAGUUUGGGUUUUACCGGAAGCUAGCACAGAUGCUGCUGACACACUCCCAAGCUUCCAUCCCUGCUUGGUUCAGGUGUCUCAAGCUCCUGAUGUCAUUAAACCACCUUAUCGUAGAGCCAGACCUGGAUGACUUGGUGUCGUCAGCUUGGAUUGAUGCCGAGGCCUGUGACCCACGUACAAAGAAGCCACAGGAGACUCUCAUCAGCACCAUAUUCCAGAUUUACUCCAAGCUGAGGCAGUUCCCACGGCUCUUUGAAGAGGUGCUGACGGUCAUUUGCCGGCCAGCUGUUGAUGAACUGAGGCCAUUCAUCUUCUCUGCUGGCCUGACAGCAAAGCUUCGUGAGUGCCUUCUUGAACUGCCACCCAACCAGAUUCUGGACAUUCUGUAUCUCUUUGUGGAGAAAUGCCAGACCCAUAUCAUUCCAGCUGUUGAAGGGUCAGUUGACAUGGCCUUGAAGCUGAUGUCAGUGUGCUCAGUGCUGCAUGCUUUUCUGUUCAACAUGAGGAGCCUAGAUGAUGUCACUCCUUCCCCUGUGGUGCUUCGCACUCAGCGUUUAAUGGCAGACAUACAGAAGGGAAUAACUCAGCCACUGAUGGAGCUGCUGCAAGCUCCUAGGAGAGAGGAAGAAAAGUCAGAGCUUUGGCUAAGAAAGACCAGUGAUGCUACCCUCCUGCUUGUUUACACUUGGGUUGAAGUAGACGCUCUGUUUGGUGUUAGCUGCAGUAAAUAUGUGUCUCCAAUAGCUGAAACAGCUGUUACUGAACCUGCUGCAAGGCACUGGGGCAUUUCAGCUUUUCUGCCUGGUGUGGAGGAGCAGUGUUGGAGGAGAGUUAUGGAACUUGCAAGUAGUUUUGCCUCCACUAGUAAGUACUGCUUAGAACUGCUCACACUUCAGAAAAUGAAGAUGAUGUUAAUGCAGACCAAAGCUGACCUACAGGCCUUGCAUCAGGCUGCAGCUUUCAUCCUGGAGUCUGGGAGGUCCACCAUGAGCAGAGGAGAAUCUGAACCGUGGGAUGGUGAUAUCAGCGUGAUAACAGAACUUAGCUACCCCACAGCACACUGGCACCUCGUCAUGUCCAACCUGACCAUCCUGUUGCCGUAUCUUUCUUUAAAAGAUGUAGAGUACAUUGCAAAUGUGCUUCUACAAACGUUGAUGGUGUCUGAAGCUCAGGAAGCUGCCACGGACCAGGAGCCUUCCAUCAGCAUUGUGAAGAUAUCUCUUGGUUUGAUCCACAGCUCUCUUCUACCAGAAAUGAGGGUCCUGCACUGUGCUUUUCUCACCCAUCUUAUUCAUCAGUUUGCUACAGUGCUGCCCACUUCUACCAGGGAUUCAGUAGAUCUGCCACUGCAGCAGCUGUCUGUGACUGGUAUUCCUUGGCAUGAAGAAAUCCUGGCUUCUUGCAAAACUCUUGAUCCAUUGGAAGUUCCAUCAGAAAACAAAGUGCAGAAGGAUGAGCUGAGCUUGUCUUGGAAAACACUGGAGAAAGUUGCCCAAUGUAUAGCAUUGUUAGCAAAAAAUGGCUGCCCUGUCAUCCUGAAAGAACGUCAGCUACAAAGAUGCCUGGGUUUGCUAGAAAUUGUUUCCCUCCUGAAAUUAGACAGUUUUCUUCCCUCUGAGUGUACUCGGUGUUUUCUGGUGCUGCUGUCUCUGCUAGUUAAUACCAGGGCUAAUGCCUCUUGCAGCAAAUUGUUACUGCUGAAGUUUUUAAGUACUUGCCUCCACCUCCUGAGAUGCCUGCAAGCUGGCAGGAACUCCAACUCUGUUCUUAAGGUGUUACAUGCCAGCGAUGUUCUUGAGGCUGUCAUGACCUCCCAGCUUACAGCUUGCAAGUUUUUCACUGAUGUCUUGACUGUUCCUGUUUGGGCACAGUAUGUCCAGGAGGUCCAAGAGUUUUUGGAAAACUUUCUUCAGAUGAUUAUUGAAAGAAGACAAAGUGUGAAGCUCAACUUGGAAAAGUUCAUGUCUUUCCUGGUGAGCUGUAGGCCAGACACAGGUGCAGCCAAAAGCAUAGACUGGAAAAAGUGGAAUCCUGCAGCUGAGCAAUUGCUGCUCACAGCAUUCACCACACUCUGUCAUGUCAUCACACUGCACCUCCAGCAGCUGCCAGAAAAGAAGCUGCAUUCUGUGGAUGUGAUGUGUGCUCUGUUGGAACCAGUGGUUCUGCAGAUGGUCAGAACAGUUGAACACGGUCUUCGGAGUAGCACCCCAAACCAGCCUUUGCCUGUGGCAUUCAUACCAUCUGUCACUACUCUCCUCAAAGCAGAUCUGAGCCAUCCUCUCAAGAAGGACUGGCAGAAGGAGCCCAGUGGGUGUUUGAAGCAGCCCCGUGUUAAACUGUACCAAGAGUUUUACUCUCAGAUACUGAAAGAGCUGCCCUGUGCAGGGAGUAAUCUGCAGUUCCUUCAGCUUGCAUUGCAGUUCCUGACUGUCUUCUGCUCCGUGCCAGAGCUGUAUCCUGAAAAAGAAACUGCAGUCAUGGUUGUUUUUGCUAUAAAAAAGCUUCUCUCUGGUCCUGCAAUUACAAUCCAGGUGAUCCGAAGUAUGGAGAUGGAGCUGACAGAGGUGCUUGUGCAGGUGCUGGGAAACUGCUCUGCUGAGGAGUUUUAUGCCAUAAUGAGGCUGGUGCUGCAGGGACUGGAAGUGAGGAAUAUUUGGCAGCAGAAGGCUAAAGAAGUAUUGUCAGCUGUUACGUUAACCAAAUUGUUGCUCAGCUGCCCAUUAAGUGGAGACAAAGGGAAAGCUUUCUGGUUUGCCAGCCCACAGAUAAUCACAGCUUUAGCUCUGCAAACCAAAGAGGCCUGUCAGGACCAGGCACUGAUUUCCAUCAUAGUUACACCUAUUCUAGAGACUGUAGCAGCUCUGCUAAGGCAGGGAGAAGGGAUUCUUGUGAAUCCACAUCACGUUUCAUUGGCAUUCAGCAUUCUUCUAACAGUCCCUCUGGAUCAUCUGAAGACAGAAGACUAUCAUGGUGUCUUCCUGGGGGUCCAUGAAGUGCUCUUCUCUAUUGUGCAGUGUCAUCCAAAGGUGCUGUUGAAAGCAGCACCAUCCUUUCUGAGCAGUUUCCAUCGUCUCGUUGUUUCUGUCAUGCAUGAAGGACGUCAGAAAGGAGACAGAGGCAACAUGGAUGAGUUUGAAAUGAUACUGAAAUGUGCACACUUGGUGGAACGGAUGUAUACUUAUAUUGCUGCAGAAAUGGAGGACUUCACUGUGUUUUCUGCCUUCAUUGUGGCUCACUAUGUCACUGAAUUGCAGAAGGUGACUUUGCAUCCAGCUGUGAAGACACAUCUCACAGAAGGAAUAUAUCACAUACUUGACCUUUGCAUUGAACGGGACAUCAAAUUCUUAAAUGCGUCGCUCCCAGCAGGCGUGAGGCAGGUCUUCAAGGAUCUGUAUAAUGAUUACAACCACUACCACAAAGCAAAGAAGCAGGGGGAGGAAAAGUACACUGCAUGAUGAAUCCUGCCUGGCGCUGCGUGAUCAGUUAUGAAUUGAUCUUGGAGUGCUCAGAAGAUGCUCAGUUGCUGUUUGGUUUGGGAUAACGAGUAAAAUUGAGCUUGAGGAGGGUCCUAAACAUGGAUUGCAUUUAUCCCUAUACAGCCAGCCUUCAUAACGGGGAAAAAGGGAACAGGGGAGGGAGGGUGUGCUGUGCUGUUGGUUCUGGUCCUGUGUUGUGCCACAAAUGGCAGAACUGCUGUUCCUCUGCUGGCCCCUGGUGAGCUCUCUGGGAGCCUUGGGGAGCUCACUGCAAUUUGGCAGCAGAUGUCAGGCUUCAGGCUUUGGCACAUCUUGGUGCUUUCCUGUGGAAGCAAUAGUCUGGUCUAAAAGCCAGCAAUGGAUAUAACCCCCGCUUUUGCUUACAUGGUAAGCAGAAUUAAAGCAGUUAAAAUGCUUAUUUUUGUACCCUGUUAUUUUACAUUUUGUAACUGAAGUACUUUGUCAAUGUUAUACAGCUUUACAUUAGGUUACUAUGCAAACCUGCAGAAGUAAAAGUAAAAAAUUUGGAAGAUUGUA